CUGGUUUUCUAAUUUACAUGAACCGAAUGGUCGUAGCAGGGAACCAAAUUAUCGAUAGUAAUUGUCAACAAUGAAAAAGAUGGCAAAUGUCUUCAUUGCAACUUGUGUCAGUGGAUUGUCUGAUGCUGUUAGAAAGAUUCUACCUUCUACGAGUAUAACUAGCAUAAAUAGAAUCAACAAAGAUGCAGGCCCGGGGAUAACGCAUGAAGAGGUGGCGGCUAUUGAAAAGCAUGCUGAUAUCCUCCUGGCAGAUGUCCCAGUCAUACAGGCAGUGGCCCACUCCGCUCAGAAACUGAAAUGGGCCGCCAGCACAUGGGCAGGUGUAGAAGGUCUUGUCAAAUUUAUAAAAGACACAAAAACCCCCAGUUUCACAGUGACACGGAUGGGUGGUGCGUUCAACACUCUGAUGUGCGAGUACGUCCUUGCAAACAUCUUGGCACGGGAGAGACACGUCCUUGAGCUGGCUAAACAACAGGAGGCCGCCACCUGGGACAAAGUGCCAUAUAUGAAGUAUAGAAGCCUUAGUGAGCUGACAGUGUGUAUACUUGGCCUUGGAGAGAUUGGAACAGCAGUGGCCAGUUUGUGUGGUAAGCUGGGGAUGAAAGUCAUAGGGGUCACAAGAAAUCCUGUAGCAGACGACAGGAAGUGCCCAGAGGUUACUCAGUACAGCUUGGUGACAGAUUUAUCCGAGGUUCUAGCAGUCAGUGACUAUGUGGUUUCUAUUCUACCGAGUACACCCCAGUCUCGAGGCCUUCUGUCAGCCGAUAUGUUCUCACACUGCAAAAACAAGAAGACUGUGUUCAUCAACAUUGGCCGAGGGGACGUGGUUGAUGAAGAGUCAAUAGUGAAGGCAAUCAACAAUGGGUGGCUAGGAGGCGCAGUGUUAGAUGUGUUUGAUCAGGAACCCUUGCCUCCGACCAGCCGACUGUGGUCCCUCCCAGGGGUCAUUGUGACCCCUCACCUUGCUGGACCAUCCACUGCAAACCAGUGCGCAGUGUCCUUUUGUGAGAAUUACCAGAGAUUUGUGAAGGGAGAAGAGCUGAAAUUUGUGAUUGACUUUCAACGAGGAUAUUGAAAACUAUGCAGUGCAUCACCUAGCUACUUUUAGUGAUUGCUAUGUAUGCCUAUUUCCAUUUGUUUGGUUGCCCAAAUCAAGGGAGAAAGUGUGUCUUUUGUUUUCGUUCAUUUGUUGAACUGACUUGAUUUGAUGCCUUAUUGUGCAGUUUUCGUCAUCAACAACUUGCUUUAAACAACUUACCCUGGAAAGAUUUUCACAAAACCUCACAGGAAUUAUACUUGGGCCUCUUUUUUAAAGUUUUUUAAAUUGAUCCAGUCUGUUGCAUAUUUGGGUCACGACAGCUACAAAACAAAAAGAAUCUUCUGCCCUGAAACUGAAAAACUCACGGGUAGAAUAUUUGUAAUAGAAAGUGUGUCUUUUGUUGUCGUUCAUUUGUUGAACUGACUUGAUUUGAUGCCUUAUUGUGCAGUUUUCGUCAUCAACAACUUGCUUUAAACAACUUACCCUGGAAAGAUUUUCACAAAACCUCACAGGAAUUAUACUUGGGCCUCUUUGAAAGUUUUUUUAAUUGAUCCAGUCUGUUGCAUAUUUGGGUCACGACAGCUACAAAACAAAAAGAAUCUUCUGCCCUGAAACUGAAAAACUCACGGGUAGAAUAUUUGUAAUAUGAUAUCAAAUCAUUCAAAUGUUGUAAAACUUACAAUGCCCAAUGAGUCACAUGAUUUACAGAAUGUGUUUAAAAUGAAACCCCAAGGUUUGAAUCAUCCCUCUGAGAUCAAACCAGCAAAGUGCCAGAGGUUAUAUAGUAUAUAAAGACUUAAUAGAAAAGUAUUUCCUCGGAAACCACAAGGGCCAGAAAAUUGGUAUGCUUUAUGUAACAUCAUAUUGUAGUGGUCUUCUUCCAAGUCUAUUUAAAUCUUGAUAACGUGGUCAAAAUGUGCCCCACGUUUGGAGUCACUUGUUUUCCUAGUGUACAUAGUACAAAUCUUUCAGCUUAUAUUGUUCUAGUCACAAUAUGUAUUCAAGUGAGCCAUUGAGGGACAAUGCAGCCUCUUGUUGUUGAUGCAUUUUUAUAUUAUUAUACAGUCAUUUUCAUAUAAACUUAUAGAAAGUUUAUACUCGAGACAUAAAAGGAUUUUGUUCACAGUUUUUUUUUUCUUCUGAUUUUUGACAAAUGUAAUUAAAUGUAUUUACUUAAAAAUAUCAGUACGUUUGUCAGCUUCUUCUUGGAUUUGAACCUAACCAAACACAAUCUAAUACGCAAACUGGAUAGUACACUUUUGUUAUACAGAUAUCUACAUAAUUAUCGAUGAAAAUUUUUACAUAAUUUUGUAAGUAUAUCUAUUUGCCAUAGAUGUUUAUCCAGUGCUUGCUGCUGUCAUAUUUGUUGGUAAAUUUCAUGCCCUUUUCAAUGGUAUUUCAGUCAGAUUUGGGCAGUCAGUUUACCAACUCCCACUUCCUAGGCUAGCUAGUCUACCAGUAUUAAGUGCACAUACUAAUGCCAGUUACAAAAACUUUUGUUCUUGAAACAGAUUAAGGAUGGGAAUCUCUAUAGGAAUAAAUUUGAUGACUAACCACCUCACAUGUUCAGUGUUCUCCAUAAAUAUUUAAGUAGCCAGUAUAAUUUCAAAGUAGCCAGCGACAACGUGUACAUGUAAGUACUAAAAUGGCAGUUUUGUGCACUGUUUGGAAUUUAUAAUUUUGGGAAAAGUAGCCGGCGCCAAGAUAGUUAGUAACCAGUGAAAUCACCGGCUGCUGAUAGUUAGUUACCAGUGAAAUCACCGGCUGCUGAUAGUUAGUUACCAGUGAAAUCACCGGCUGCUGAUAGUUACCAGUGAAAUAACCGGCUGCUGAUAGUUAAUUACCAGUGAAAUCACCGGCUGCUGAUAGUUAGUUACCAGUGAAAUCACCGGCUGCUGAUAGUUAGUUGCCAGUGAAAUCACCGGCUGCUGAUAGUAAGUUACCAGUGAAAUCACCGGCUGCUGAUAGUUAGUUACCAGUGAAAUCACCGGCUGCUGAUAGUUAGUUACCAGUGAAAUCACCGGCUGCUGAUAGUUAGUUACCAGUGAAAACACCGGCUGCUGAUAGUUAGUUACCAGUGAAAUCACCGGCUGCUGAUAGUUAGUUACCAGUGAAAUCACCGGCGCCAAGAUACUAGUAGUUAGUAACCAGUGAAAUCACCGGCGCCAAGAUUGUAAGUAACCAGUGAAAUCACCGGCUGCUGGUGCUUCUGGAGAACAGUGCAUGUUAUACAUCAAGGUUGGGAACCUGCAGUCUUCAUAUUUGUAGUCCAGCCUCUACCAAUUAAGCUUGCUUUCCCCAUUCUCAAUUUGUAUUUGUUAAACAAUUAUCUCUAAAGUGCAAUUGACUUAAAAUAGAUUGAAAUACUACUGAAGGUCUUGGCUAUGAUAUUAUAUCCUAUAUAUUAUAUCCUUAUAUGAAGUUAAGGAGGGUAUUCUGGAAUUAGCAUGGAUAUCUGUUCGUCUACCUCUACGUAACAUCUGAUGGCCUGUCCGUCUAUCCGUCAGUAGACACAAAUGUGUCGAGAUAAACUUCUCGUGCUUUCCAGCAUACGACAUAAUGAAUUACUUGGAUUGUUCCUUAUGAUAUGAAGUUGUGCAUGUCCAAUUAAAUCGUCCUAUGCUAAAAAUAAACGAAAGGAAUGUCCCUUUUACAGCUCGAAUUUCUUAAACAUUUUUAACUGUAGACUUUACAAUGAAAAAGAGAUCAGUUUGUCAGAAACACAAUGCCCCCUAUUGCGCCGCUUUGAAGCCAUAUAUUUGACCUUGAAGGAUGACCUUGACCUUUCACCUCUCAAAGUGUGCUGUUCCAUGAGAUACACAUGCAUGCCAAAUAUCAAGUGGCUAUCUUCAAUAUUGCAAAAGUUAUGACCAAGGUUAAAGUUUUGACGCCUGCUUUGAAGCCAUAUAUUUGACCUUUGACCAUGAAGGAUGACCUUGACCUUUCACCACUUAAAAUGUGCAGCUCCAUGAGAUACCCAUGCAUGCCAAAUAUCAAGUUGCUAUCUUCAAUAUUGCAAAAGUUAUUAAUUAUUGCAAAUUUUUAACCAAGAUUAAAGUUUUCCUCAGAAUGACAGACAGACAGGCCAAAAACAAUAUACCCCUGAUCAUUGGAUCUGGGGGCAUAAAAAUAUACAUCUUUGAAACUACAACAUUCACAUGAGUGAUAUUUAGUAUUGAAAAUUGUAUAUUAGCCCUCUACGUAGUUUCACAAAAAAAUUGACCCCUGGGUCAGAAAUGGGCACACCCGGGUGGCAAAAUAGUUCAUUAAGACUUGUAUAGCAAAAUAACUUUAAACAAUAUUUUUCUCUGAGACCACAAGUUCCAAAGUUUGAAUAUAUGGUGUGUAACAUUAUGUUUUGUUUCUUUACAAAUGUUAAUGCCCCAGGGGUUCUAACCUGGCCAAGUCCCUGGGUCCAAUAGUUGAUAGUUACAAUCUGCUACACAGUACUAGUUGCAUUGUUUUGGGUAUUUGUCACUACUCUGAUUAUUUCUGGUUUAAUUGCUUGUUUUAGUUUUAAAAUAUCUUGAAUACAAGUGAGCACUUCAGGGCCAAUAAGGCCCACUUGUUUAAAUAUUAAUAUUUGUGUACGUGUAUUUUAACAAGAUUUGUGCAUGCAUAUUACGAUUUUAUUUUUAUAGUGGAAACAAUGCAUACUUUAUAUUUUUAGAAUUUAUUGUACAUAUAUUUAAAUAGAUGCUUUGCAUAAACAUUAUUAAUCAUUA